GGAAAUCAUGUAUUUCCGUCAAAACAACAUUUUCAUGAUGAAAUUUAGAUAUAUCCGCAGCAAAACAACGGGAUGAAAUUUAGACAGAAGAAUAAAAGUUUAUAUAGAAAUCUCUCUUUAAAAUAUCUUUCCGUUGUUUUCACACGGACAUCACAUAAUUUUAAAAAGUUGUCGUUUUUUUAACACUCGAAUUGCCCGGUUCGGUUUUUUUCUUUUACAAAACAACGCAAGCAGUUCUAAGCAGACGUCAAGUGUAAACAAAGAAAGUGACACAAGCAAUGACAACGAGAUCGGAGGAAGUUAGGCCCUAAUGAUUAAAAUGCAAUACAGAGAAACUGAAUAUGCAUAGAGGUGGACCAAAGGAAUACCCAUGUGUUUCAUGUGGCAGAAGAACAAAAACUGACCAAAGGCGAUUCAUUAUUGGAUCUUCAUACGAAAGUUACAGAGUGUACCUUGGCAUCACCACCUGUCAGGAAAAAGACGUAACUUGUACUAACUGCUAUUCCAAGUUUUACAGAGCAAAUCAUAUUCGGAAUUCAGUUGACAAAACUACAUAUUGUGUUUCAAAUUCAUUGUAUGACAGUGAUCCAAAUUAUGAACCACCAGUUAAAACAAGAAAGACAUUGUGCGUGAAAAGCCCAAAAGUGAUUCCUCUUCCAAUAUAGUAUUCUGGGAAGAGCCAUUCCAGUUGUGUAAUUUGCAAAGGAAGAGACUCUAAGUUGCUAACAGUGUCUACAUAUAUCAGACACAGAAUAUUUAUUAGGACAGGUCACAUGUUACUGCCUGGAGCAAGGUGCUGCCAGAUACAUAUGACAUCAGAUUUCUCUCUAAGGGAAGAUGCUAUCAAGUUUCUGGCAACUGCUUCCACUGAAUGUCAAACCUUUUUCAACAAAAGUGACAUAUAUUCACUUAUAUCAUCCAUCAGAUCAGUUGCUCUCAGGAAUGAAAAAUGCAGAUUAGACGUUGAUAUCAGCAAAGGACUUGCUGAUUCAGAUUAUAUGACUUUAACCGGGAUUUCAAAGGAAAAUUUUGAUGAUGUUAUAUCUCAUUGCCAGUCAAUCCGAUCAACAAAGAGUCGUAGCUUAAGAACAUGCAUUGCCCUUUAGUUGGUGAAGUUAAGGACUGGCCUUUCAAAUCAAAUGUUGUCGACACUAUUUAACAUUGAAAAAAGUGGCGUAAGGAGAGCAUUAAGAACAGCACGAAAGGAGUUGACAGAAACGUUUACACCAAAUUAUAUUGGUUUUGAUCAUAUAUCAAGACGAGAUGUUAUUGAGAACCACACAAGACCACUAGUUCAAGAGAUAGUUGGCAGUAUCGUAGAGAAACCUGCAAUCCUUGUGGUGGAUGGAACAUACGUAUACAUACAGAAAAGCAGCAACUUCAAAUUCCAACGCCGUUCCUUCAGUCAACACAAAAACCAUCCACUAGUGAAGCCUAUGGUUAUCGUGUCAACUACAGAAUACAUUGUGUCUGUUCUCGGGCCAUAUCUCGCCGACAACAAGAACAAUGAUGCAAACAUUUUGAAGCAUUCCAUCAAAACCAAUGUGGAGGAUAUUCAAGAUUGGUUACAGUAAGAUGAUAUCCUGGUAGUAGACCGUGGAUUCAGGGAUUCCAUUGACUUUCUUGACAGUUUAGGAAUCAAAGCCCAUAUGCCAGCCUUCCUUCCUAAAGGGCAUAAACAACACACAGUGGAUGAGGCUAAUUCAGCUCGAUUGGUCACCGAAAUCCGGUGGAUAGUUGAAUCUGUCAAUGGUCGGUUAAAGCAGUGGAGGUACCUACAGAACGUUGUGCCAAAUACACAGAUCCCCUACAUUGAAGAGUAUGUUUGCCUGAUUGUUGCACUCUGUAAUAAGUACCGAUGGCCUCUUAACCAGGGAAAUCAAGACAGUGACCAGAUUUUGGGAGCCAAAAUGAAGUAUCUAGCAUCACAGAGAAACAUGCUCCAAGAAAGAGUGGAAUCUGAGGCACUGUAUAGAAGAAUCAGCUCAUGGAAGGCCUUAGAUGCUGAAGACUGUGUAGUGGAGUUUCCAAGGCUCUCUCCUGAUGAACUCCGCAACUUGACAGUAGGUAUAUACCAACUGAAACUUGCCAGGAGUUACACUACAGAGCAUCUCAGUGAAGAUGAUGACUACAUCAUCAUGGUGAAUUCUGAGAUUUCUGAUGUCCUGCGUGUCCGAAUCCAGAGUCGCCACAUCUCUUCCAAGCAGUACCUACUGUGGAUUCAGUACUCCAAUGGAAGUGUGACAGGCUGGUACUGUCAGUUUCGGGCAGGUGCACGAGUUGUUGGGGCAUGUGCGCAUGUGGCCUCAGUACUGUGGUAUCUAGGAUAUGGACGGCACACAGAAUCCAUCACAGGUGUGCAGAACUGGGCAAACUAUCUGGAAGAUGCUGCUGUGAUUCCAGAACCGAUGGAUGAAUCGGAAAGUGAGGACAGUGCCACAGAAGAGUAGUCUGCACGUGUAUAGUGCAAGGUGCUAUUAAAGUAUUUUUAUGUAAGAAGUCUUAAUGCAUGUCCUGGAUGCCACAAUUUGUUACAAUAUUUUUGCUACAAAAGUUAUACACUGUUUCCAGAAAUCUGUGAUAUUUUGUGUAAAAAUGAGGAAUUUAGGCAUAUCUAUUGUUCUCAAUUUUUUCCAAUACAAUACUGUGUAGUGGGUUCUAACAUAUGCAGUUGAUUUUUGUGUUAUUUUUUGUUUGCUAUAAAAGUUAUUCACUGUUUCCAGAAAUCUGUGAUUUUUUGUGCGAAAAUCGCUUGUUUUCCCCCAAAAUGAGGAAUUUAGGCAUAUCUAUUUUUCUCAUUUUUUUCCAAUGUAAUGCAGUGUAGUGAGUUCUAAUUUAUGCAGUUGAUAUUUGUGUUAAUUUUUGUUUACUAUAAGUUGUUCAAUGUUUCCAGAAAUCUGUGUUUUUUUGUGCAAAAAUCGCUUGUUUUCCCCCAAAAUGAGAAAUUUAGGCUUAUCUAUUGUUCUCAAUUUUUUUCCAAUAUAAUACUGUAUGGUGAGUUCUAACAUAUGCAGUUGAUUUUUGUGUAAUUGUUUGUUUGCUAUAAAAGUUAUUCACUGUUUCCAGAAAUCUGUGAUUUUUUUGUGCAAAAAUUGCAUGUUUUCCCCCCAAAUGAGGAAUUUAGGCUUAUUUAUUGUUCACAUUUUUUUCAAUAUAAUGCUGUAUAGUGAGUUCUAAUAUAUGCAGGUGAUUUUUGUGUUAUUUUUUGUUUGCUAUAAAAGUUAUUCACUGUUUCCAGAAAUCUGUGAUUUUUUUGUGUAAAAACCAGUCGUUUUACCCCAAAAUGAGGAAUUUAGGCAUACUUAUUGUUCAUAAUUGUUUUCAGUGUAAUCCUGUAUAAUGAAUUCUAACAUGUGGAAAUGUUUGUUUUGUUAUUUCUUGUUUGAUAUAAAAGUUAUUUAUUGUUUCCAGAAAUCUGUGAUUUUUUGGUGCAAAAAUCGCAUUCCCCCCCCCCCCCCCAAAAUGAGGAAUUUAGGCUUAUCUAUUGUUCUCAAUUUUUUUUCAAUGUAAUGUAGUGUAGUGGGUUCUAACAUAUACAGUUGAUUUUUGUGUUAUUUUUUGUUUGCUAUAAAAGUUAUUCACUGUUUCCAGAAAUCUGUGAUUUUUUGUGCAAAAAUUGCAUGUUUUCCCCCAAAAUGAAGAAUUUAGGCUUAUUUAUUGUUCACAUUUUUUUCUUCAAUAUAAUGAUGUAUAGUGAGUUCUAAUAUAUGCAGUUCAUUUUUGUGUUAUUUUUUGUUUGCUAUAAAAGUUAUUCACUGUUUCCAAAAAUCUGUGAUUUUUUUGUGUAAAAACCAGUCGUUUUACCCCAAAAUAAGGAAUUUAGGCAUAUUUAUUGUUCAUAAUUGUUUUCAGUGUAAUCCUGUAUAAUUAAUUCUAACAUGUGGAAAUGUUUGUUUUGUUAUUUCUUGUUUGAUAUAAAAGUUAUUUAUUGUUUCCAGAAA